AUGGAAGAUGAUAUUGCUGUUGACCCCGAUUACUAUAUUUUAAAUGAAGAUCAUAGUCCAGAAGAUUUCAAUUCUGAGACCACUUCUCUUGCUUCGGAAAUUUCCAAAGGCCGGAUUGAGAAUGGCCGGAGAUAUCAAUCCAUGAAGGAGAAUGACUAUUGGAGCCCUGCCGAUGAACAACAAUUUGAGUCCUUGGAAAAUGGGCAUAUACUGUGCCUAGUUCUAGAUCACCACCAGAAGAAUCCGCUGCACCGAGCACCCAUCAGCAGUAGUCCUAAGCAUAUUCUCGAUAUCGGCACAGGUAGAGGAUCAUGGGUAAUUGACAUGGCAGAUAGCUAUCCGUCAGCAACCGUUCGCGGCGUCGAUAUCUUUCCUCCGCCUGUCUCCUGGAUGCCCCCAAACUGCGUCUUUGAGGUCGACGACAUUCUCCGCGAAUGGACAUGGAGAAAACCAUUUGAUUACAUUCAUAUUCGUAUCCUUUUGGGUGCAUUUGACGAUGCUGGUUGGUCCCUGGCAUAUGAUCGCUGCUACAAGGGCCUUGAGCCUGGCGGUUGGAUUGAGCAAGUGGAGUUCGACAUCAAUUUGCACAGCGAAGACGGAUCUCUGAAACCAGAACAUCAUCUCUCCAGCUGGGGGAAGAACAUGAUUGCGUGCGGUCAGCGGGCUGGCCGCCCUCUCACAACGCAGAGUACCAUGAAAGCUGCCAUCGAAAAGGCAGGUUUUGUUGAUGUGCACGAGCACGUUUACAAAGUACCCCUGGGCCCGUGGGCUAAAAAUGAUCUCCUUAAGGAAGCGGGGCGAGUCAAUUAUUUGGUUUGGACAUCUGGUUUGGAAGGUUAUGCCAUGUGGCUUCUCACUAAAUUUGGAGCCCCGGAGCCGUGGACUAAGGAGGAGGUUCAUGUGUUUCUUGCUAGUGUCCGGAAGGAAUUGUCGGAUCCGAGUAUCCAUGCAUAUCAAUAUGUUCGACGGGUGUGGGCACGCAAACCGACAGAGGAGGAUUCGAAAGCGAAGGGAGAAACGAAGACACCGGAAGUGGAUAUUAAGGUUGAAAAAUAG